AUGGCGUCGUACUGCUGGGGCUGCAGGGCACAAGAAAAGAACUGGCAGCUGAGGGACCCAAUGAAGGCAAUUACCACAAGUACGACCGCAGCUGCUGUAUCACCCUGCACAAGAACACUGAUCCGGAGACAGCCAUGCUGUAAAGCUGAUUUGUACUCUUGUGGCUCUCUCCACCGAAUAUUGUCGGACUGGAACAUGGACAGUUCAUCCCAGUCCUGA